GCCCAACCUGUGUGCAAAGAUGGACAAAAAUGGUUUGCGGCCAUUGCUGGCAGAAACAGAGUAGCAAAAGGGGCAAAUGAAAGAAUCGCUGUUUUGCGAAUUUGUGUCGAUUCGUCGUUCCAUUUGGCAGCCCCUCCCCCAUCCUUUGCUUCUUCCCACAGGGGCCUGACCCACGCAAACGCCCUCAUACUUGAGGUGGGAAGGUAUAUUUUCCGGCAGCUUGUUCCCUCAAAGGUAAUAACAUGGCAAUUUGCAGAAAAGGAUUAUUUUUAAAAAAACGCGACGGGGGUGAGUACUCAUAUGGUACAGCUCGUGGUAACUCCAUCCGUCCGUCCGUCCGUCCGUCCUUUUUUUUUUUAAAUUUGGAAUUUUUUUUCCUCUUUUCCGCGCCGAAAAUUGUGCCCAUUUUUCCGCUUCCAGUUCCUCCAUCUUUCCGCUUUCCCCCGCGAAUAAUUUUUCCCACCUUGCCGCUUCUCCCAUCCCGCUUGGCUCCUUUUACUCCUUUUUUUAUUUUUUUAUUUUUUUUUCUGUUUGCUCCCUACUUUCGACGCUUGAAGCAAACCCGAACAGGGCAAGAUUAAAAAUGUAUCGUUUGCGCCAUGGCCCAUGAACUAGGCUGAAGCUUUGGCGAGAAGAAAAAGGGUCGCGUAAGAAUUAGAGGCGAAGGUAGAGCGGCAGGUGUUGGUACGAAAAACAAGUUAUGGUUCGAGAAGAGCAAAACAAUCUGUUGAUCCCAUCUGCCUUUAUUUGCUCUAUAGCGACGGCGAAGGAAUCGUUUGUCGUUACAUUAUCCUCCCGCCUGCACUCACGCAGAUGUUUCUUACCCUCUCCCCCCUCGCGAGCUCAUCGCAACUCCCCACUUCUUUUUGACAUCCCCCUAGAGAAUCUACCCCAGCAGAUGAAAUGGAGGAAUUUAACGAAACGUUGGAGGGGUUAGAGGGCAAAAUAGCCGAGUAUGAAAAACAGCUAGCCUUGGUAAGGGAAGAAAUAAAAAAGUAUGAAGAGACCUCCGGAGAAGAAGAUGAGCAAAUUAAAAACCUGAGGAAGUUGGAAUGUGACAUGCUGGAGGUGAUAAACUUGACGCUCGAUUUGAUUAACUACAAAAAGCAAAAUGAAGCGGAAGGAGACGCGCUGGAACCGAGCCUGGAGAAAGAACCCGCGGAGGAGGCAAACCAAGAUGCCACAAACGAAGCAAGCGCAGUCAUUGGGAGAACAUGCAGCUUCAUUUAUGAAAGUAAAAAAGUCUACGGACUGAUCCAAAACGUCGUUAAGGAAAACGGCACAGAACAGCUGCUAAUAAAUAUAUUUGAAAACAACGAGCAGAUUAUGAUCCCCCCCAAGUAUGUCCUCAUGAACGAGGUGCUCACGGAGUCCGCGCUCGCGGAGAACACCCAGUUCCAGGCCCUCUACAAGAAGGACGGCCUCUGGUACGACUGCAUCGUCUCGAAGAGCAAAGGCGACACGUUCCUCGUCAACUACAUCGGCUAUAACACCAGCGAAUACGUGAAGAACGACCAAGUGAGAAUAAAAAAAAAAAAAAAAGUGAAAGAAAUAGUCACCCCCGCGGGCUAUAAAAUCCCCGAAAAUCUAAUCGUAAAGGAAAACGACUCUUUAAAAGUUCAAAUGAGGAAAAAGAAAAAAAGAAUAGCUCUCAAAAAGAAGCAAAAAAGUGAAUUGAUAAAUAAAGAGUACACAAAUAAAACGCAGCAGUGGAGGUCCUUUCACGAAAAGGCCGUCAGCAAAAGCAAGCACUUGCUUGUGGCCCAUAAGAAGGUGGAAAAUAUUGAGUAUAAAAACGCCCCCUCCAGUUUCACCAUUAGGAGGAAGUUCGACUGCCAUGAUAAUGAGGACUGACUCGUUUGCCUGCGGCGUGGGGGCCCUCGCAACACCCACCUGCAGGGAAAGGGGUCCUCUCUGAAUGGGUCUCUCCCGCUGCACUCGUGGGAUUUUACCCCUCAAGUGCUUACGUCUGUGCAGGAGAAGCCCAAAAGGGGAGAAGCCCAAAAGGGGAGAAGCCUAAAAGAUGAGAAACCCAAAAGAGGAGUUUCUUUUUUUUUUCCUUUUUUUUUGCCAUUUUGCUCCUCGGAGCGACGUUCAUGCAGUUCCGCCUUUCCCCUUCCCCCGUCCCCCUUUUUUUCUUCACAUCCUUGCGCCUCUUUUUUUUUUGGCCCGUUUGUCACCCUUUUUUGUUCCCAUUUGUACCUCCAACCUCCA